ACCGGGCCUAAAAGUCCUAGGAUGGCUAAUCCUUCUCUUGAUCCCAAGGUACGAAAAGUAAAUCCAAAUGUUGCCCUCGUUCUUGAGAAAGACGGAAUUAAACUUCCCAUUCCAGGAGAGCGAAACAUAUUAAUCACCAGUUCUCUACCCUACGUUAACAAUAUUCCUCAUUUGGGAAACAUUAUUGGAAGUGUAUUGAGUGCAGACAUAUUUGCUAGAUAUGCUCGUGCUCGCAAUUAUAACACACUCUAUAUUUGCGGAACCGACGAAUACGGAACCGCCACAGAGACUAAGGCAAUAGAAGAAGGCAUUACAUGCCAGGAACUUUGUGAUAAAUAUUACGCCAUUCACACCCAAGUUUAUAAAUGGUUCGACAUAGGAUUCGAUUACUUUGGUCGGACCACAACCCCGCAACAAACAGAGAUCGCUCAGGAUAUAUUUUUGAAAUUACUUAAAAACGGUUAUCUUAGCGAAGAUACCAUGGUCCAGCUGUUCUGUGAAAGAUGCCAACGAUUUCUUGCAGAUCGUUAUGUUGAAGGUACUUGCCCAAAAUGUGGAUAUGUGGUUUGUGUAAUUCCCAUUUUUGCAUUGUUGAAACAAAUAAACGAAAAAUUCAGUAAAGUAAUUAGUUCUCUACAGGAUGCUCGUGGAGAUCAAUGUGAUUCGUGCGGGAAUCUCCUUAAUGCCACCGAGUUGAUUAACCCACGCUGCAAAACAGAUAACGAUGCACCUAUCACAAGAGAAUCGAAACAUAUGUUUUUAGAUUUAGCAUCUUUACAAAAAAAAGUUGAAGAAUGGAUAGAAAAGUCUAGUAUAGAAGGAAAAUGGUCUGCCAAUGGAAAGAAUAUUACAAAAUCAUGGCUCAAAGAAG